UCGUCUCCGCGCGGUCUUCUACCCGGACCUGCAAUGGAUGGUACUCCUGGGUUAACGUUUUUUAUUAUUUUACUGCACUUAAAUCCCACGAACGGACUUCAUAUCGCCAGCAGCAUAGACUCUCUGCAGCAUGUCCUGAGCGAGUACCGUCUGGUCAGGCCAGUCAGCAGCAACGCCGUAGGUCACUUCCUGUCGUGGGCGGUCUCUGCCCCGAAGCUGGACGAACUGCACGCGCGCCGACGGCGCCGGAGAGAGGCGCCGGAGGGGGGGAGGGAGGGGCCGAGGGAGGAGGAGGGGGGGAGAGGGACCCUCUACUACAACGUGUCGGCGUUCGGGCGUGAGCUCCACCUGCGAGUGCGCCUCAACCCCCACCUGGUUGCCCCUGGAGCCACGGUGGAGUGGCACGAGGACGACGCCACGCACUCCCGGCCGCUGGAGGGCGCCGACUGCCUCUAUGUCGGCGAGGUGCUCAACAUGGACCACACCUCCGUCGCCAUCAGCAACUGUGACGGGCUGGCUGGUAUGAUUCGUACCAGGGAUGAGGAGUUCUUCAUCGAGCCCCUAGAGAGAGGGGGAGUGGUUGACGAAGAUGCGGGUGUGGCCUAUGAAGAGGAGAGCGGGGGCGGGCGACGUCACAUCAUGUAUCGCUCCUCUGCCGUUCGCCGGCCACCUGUCAAUCAAACUGCUGACUUCUACCCCCGAGGGUCCAUACUGGGUGGUCUCAGGGACCUGGAGAGCCUGUCCAGAGAGCUGUUUCUCAACCAGACUCGUGGGGGUCGAGCCCGGCGGCAGGUUGAGGAGCUGGAGUUGUUCAACAUUGAGGUUCUGCUGGGGGUGGACUACUCUGUGGUCCAGUUCCACGGGAGGGAACAUAUACAGAAGUACCUGCUCACUCUUAUGAACAUAGUGAAUGAGAUCUACCAGGAUCGCACUGGAGCUGACAUCAACGUAGUGCUGGUCAGAAUUAUCAUGCUUUCUUCUGACAAGUCCAUGUCUCUGAUCGAGCUGGGGAACCCAUCCCAGAGCCUUGAGAAUGUGUGUCGCUGGGCGUUCCUGCAACAGAAGCCGGACAGGGCAGACGCAGAGUACCACGACCACGCCAUCUUCCUCACGCGGCAAGAGUUUGGUCCCUCCGGCAUGCAGGGUUACGCCCCUGUGACAGGCAUGUGCCACCCAGUGAGGAGCUGCACCCUGAACCACGAGGACGGCUUCUCCUCCGCCUUCGUAGUGGCUCAUGAGACAGGACACGUGCUGGGUAUGGAGCAUGACGGCCAGGGUAAUGACUGUGGAGACGAGGUCCCCAUGGGCAGCAUCAUGGCUCCUCUGGUACAGGCCGCCUUCCACCGCUUCCACUGGUCCAGCUGCAGCCACGAGGAGCUGCAGAAGUUCCUCAAGACGUACGACUGUCUCCGUGAUGACCCGUUUGACCAUGACUGGCCGGCGAUGCCCCAGUUGCCUGGUCUCAGCUACUCCAUGGACGACCAGUGUCGCUUCGAUUUUGGGGCAGGCUACAGCACCUGCACGGCGUACAGCACCUAUGACCCGUGUAAGCAGCUGUGGUGCAGCCACCUAGACAACCCUGUGUUCUGUAAGACCAAGAAGGGCCCGCCCAUUGACGGCACCAAGUGUGGACCGGGGAAGAACUGUUUUAAAGGUUACUGUAUCAAACUCACCCCUGAGAUCCUAAGGCAUGAUGGGAGUUGGAGUUCCUGGACCAAAUUUGGCUCCUGCUCGCGUACCUGUGGAGGAGGCGUCCGCUUCCGCACGCGCCAGUGUGACAACCCAGCACCAUCCAACGGAGGCCGCACCUGCUUUGGAAACAGCUAUGAGUUUGAGAUGUGCAACAUGGAGGAGUGCACUAGGGCCCUGGCGGACUUCAGGGAGGAACAGUGCAGGAUGUGGGACCCCUACUUCCUGCACGAGGAGAGCAAGCACCACUGGCUGCCCUACGAACACCCCGAUCAUGAUGAGAGGUGUCAGCUCUACUGUCAGUCCAGGGAGACGGGGGACGUGGUCGCGAUGAACAGAAUGGUGCAUGAUGGGACACGCUGCUCCUACAAGGACGCGCACAGUGUGUGUGUCAGAGGAGACUGUGAGCAUGUGGGCUGUGAUAACCACAUAGCGUCAGACCUGCAAGAGGAUAAGUGUGGCGUGUGUGGAGGAGACAACUCCAGCUGCAAGAUCAUCAAAGGCAACUUCACACGCAGCACCAAGAAACUGGGUUACCUGAAGAUCCUGGAGAUUCCUAAGGGGGCCAGACACCUGCUGAUCCAGGAGUCUAAGGCCACACCGCAUAUCCUAGCGGUAAAGAACCAGGUGACAGGCGACCUCUUCUUGAACGGCGAGGAUGAUUUCCCAGAAUCCCGUGUGCUGAUUGAGAAGGGUGUGGAGUGGGAGUACCAGAAUGAUGAUGACAUGGAGACCGUCCAGAGCAUUGGUCCCCUACGAUAUGGGGUUCUAAUCAUGAUCCGUUCCCAUGAAGACUCCAAGGUGACGCUGUCCUACAAGUACAUCCUCCAUGAGGAGCUGCAGGUCUCCAUGGAGACCAACCUGCUACAGGAAGACACAGUGUUCUUCGAGUGGGCACUGAAGAAGUGGUCCCACUGCUCCAAGCACUGUGGAGGAGGUAAACAGUACACCAGGUUCGGCUGUCGCAGGAAGGCAGAUGGGAAGAUGGUCCAUCGGACGUUCUGUGUGAACAUCAACAAGCCCAGAGCCAUCAGCCGUGACUGCAACCUCAAACCCUGCUCACACCCUGUCUGGAAGGUGGGGGACUGGGAAGACUGCAGCGCCCCCUGUGGUAAGACGGGGGUACAGACGCGCUCUGUGCGCUGUCUCCAGCCCCUGCUGGACGGAGGCCAGCGCUCCAUCCACUCCAAGUACUGCAGCGAUGAGCGACCGGAGGGAAGGAGGCCCUGCAACCGCCAUCUCUGCCCCGCGUCGUGGAGGAGCGGGCCCUGGUCUCAGUGCUCGGUGUCCUGUGGCAACGGGACUCAGGAGAGGCAGGUGAUGUGCUCCACGCCUGACAAUUCUGCAGGACUGUGCCUGGAUAGCAAGCCUCCCACCACCCGCCCCUGUAGCCUGGUCCCCUGCUCUGGUGACCAGCGUAAUUUCCUGAUCCAGUGGCUCUCCAGAGCCAACCCGGAAUUCCCGGCACCCAAGAUCUCGUCCAGGCAGCGCUGUAAGGGGGACAAGUCUGUGUUCUGUCGUAUGGCGGUUCUGAGCAGGUAUUGCUCCAUCCCUAGCUACCAGAAGAUGUGCUGCAGAUCGUGCAGUGAUGGGAACUUCACUAGUGGGCUCAACCUCACUGGACCCUGGUUCUACACCACAGAACCAACUCGCUCCAACUUCACUGGAUCCUGGUUCUACACCCCCAACCCGGCUAGCUUCAACCUCUCCAGGACCCACAGCACAGAACCAGCCCAGUCCAAACCCACCUGGACCCACAGCCCCAGGCUUGUGCCCACCAGCCAGCCCCCUUCUCCCACCACUAGCCCCCCCACCACCACUGACAGCCCUGCCCCCACUACCGACAGCCCUGCACCUACCCCAGACUUUGUCUACGUAGAAUAUGAGGACUAUGAAAAUGAGCACUCCACCACCCGCCUCACCCCCGCAACCACAACCAGACCACCCAGGACCAAGACCAGAACCAGGACCACUGUCCUGCCUGCCACCACCAACAGAACUACAACUCCCAUCAGGCUUAGCGAGAAGGUCUCAGUUCCAACCCGCACCACUACAGCCUCACCCAUACAUCCCAAGGUUCCGCCCAGCAGCGACCAAUCAGCAACCGGGACUAGACAACUACCAGAGUCCUCCACGACGCCUCUGGUUUGGGGUGGUGAUGUCACACAAGUCCGGUUGCCCCGAGUAACAUCGUUACCGGCCACUUCCCAGCCGAGACGUAGGAUCACCAUGACAACCAGACCGCCAGGACGGGCAACCAUCCCCCCCAACCGCACCCCCACCAUCGCUAGCUUGUCUCCAAAGGCGGGGGAGAGUCGGGAGGACAACAGUGUGGACCAGGUGACCUACAGGGUGGUGGGUGGGGAGAACCAGGUCUCCAUCAACGCCUUCGUGCCCCGGAGGAGACCUCCGACGCCCCUAUUUAGAGAGAGAACGCAAAACAAGCGCAUCCAGGAGCUGCUGGCAGAGAAACGCAGACAAGAUCUGUUGCUGCGCCGGGCCAAGAGGAGGCCAGGGCCGCCCUAAGAUGCCAAACACGCACACGCACACACACAGGCACGACCACUGAUUCACACACAUACACUCACCAUCAAUCCCCUCUCAAAAGGGAUUUCAGAGGGGACUCUUUUGGACAUUCUGCUUUUAAACAUAGCAUGGCGAAUUGACACCACCGUAUCCCUACUGCAGAUCCACUCUAGACACCCCACAGUCCCUCCCGCAGAUCCACUCUAGACGCCCAGCAGUCUCUCCCGCACAUCUACUUUAGACACCCUGCAGUCCCCCCCGCAGAUCCACUUUAGAGCAUUAAUUGCACAUUUUUGAUUCGCUGCUUGACGAUGAGGAGAAAUACAAUGGUUCUUUCUCAAAUAGAUGUUGAUAUGUUGUUGUUUCAUGGAAAGAGCAAACCGAUUUAUACUUUCAAAAGCACUUCACCAAGGCAUCGCCAGUGUAUGAGUAUGUGUAGGGUUCUGCAUGAGAGCCAAGACUCACCAUGUACAGUACAUUUAAAAAAAUAAAUAUUUAGCAGAAGCUUUUAUGGCAACAUACAAAAUAAUGCAUAUAAGGAAAUUACAGCAGAAAAUCAAGGAUCACAAGUUAGCAAGUUAGCCUGUAGCCAUGCCCGCAGCCAAACACAGAGCUGUGUCCCCUAGCGGUACAUGUAUAUAUGACUAGAACUCUGAUAUUUAUUGAAUUGUCAGUAGACUUCCUGUUUGGAAUUUAGGGACUGUGGGAGGCUGCAGAAUAUUGUGUGUGUCCCCAGUACCCUAACAAGAUUCUGACGUGUUGUGUUUGUUUUGUUUGAUAAUUUAAUAAAGUUGCAAAUGAAAAGUGA